AUGUGUAGCAGUAAGACCAUUGUUUGGUUCAGGAGGGACCUUAGAAUUGAGGAUAACCCUGCAUUAGCUACUGCUGCAAGGGAUGGUUGUGUUUUCCCUGUAUUUAUAUGGUGCCCUAAAGAAGAUGGACAAUUCUACCCAGGUCGAGUGUCGAGAUGGUGGCUGAAGCAAUCUCUGGCUCACUUGGGACAAUCCUUGAAAUCUCUAGGUGCUCAACUUGUUCUCAUCAAAACUGAUAGUACAGUUGCUGCUCUUCUGGAGUGCAUUGAAACCAUUGGCGCGACAAGAGUGGUAUUUAACCAUCUCUAUGAUCCUGUCUCUCUUGUUCGUGAUCACAACAUCAAAGAAAAACUGGUGGAGCUUGGCAUUUCUGUACAAAGUUAUAGUGGAGAUUUGUUGUAUGAACCAUGGGAAAUAUAUGAUGAAAGAGGGCAUGCUUUUACAACAUUUGAAGCAUACUGGGACAAGUGCUUGCACAUGCAGAUGGAACCUGUUUCACAUCUUCCUCCAUGGAGAUUGGCACCUGCUGCAGGAGUUGUGAAAUCUUCAGUUGAGGAAUUAGGUCUUGAAAAUGAAGCCGAAAAAUCUAGUAAUUCCUUGUUAGGAAGAGGAUGGUCACCGGGUUGGAGCAAUGCUAAUAAGGCUCUAACUGAAUUUGUGGAACAGCAUCUAAUUGAUUAUGCAGAUAGUAGGCUAAAAGUUGAGUCCUCCACCUCACUUUUGUCCCCGUAUCUUCAUUUUGGAGAGCUGAGUGUGAGGAAAGUUUUCCAGUGUGUGCAACUGAAGCUGUUAUUGUGGGCGAAAGAAGAGAAUUCAAUGGGGAAAGAAAGCGUGAAUCAGUUUCUUAGAUCCAUCGGGCUUAGGGAAUACUCCCGUUAUCUUUGUUUUAACUUUCCGUUCACUCAUGAGAGAUCAUUGUUGAGCAACUUAAAGCAUUUUCCAUGGAAUGCCAAUCAGGUCCAUUUUAAGGCUUGGAGACAGGGGCGGACUGGUUACCCAUUAGUUGAUGCAGGAAUGCGUGAGCUUUGGGCAACUGGUUGGAUACACAACAGAAUAAGAGUGAUUGUUUCAAGCUUCGCUGUAAAAGUUCUUCUUCUUCCAUGGAGAUGGGGAAUGAAGUAUUUUUGGGACACACUUUUGGAUGCAGAUUUGGAAAGUGAUAUCCUUGGUUGGCAGUAUAUUUCAGGGAGCUUACCAGAUGCUCACGAGCUUGAACGCUUGGAUAACCCAGAGAUUCAAGGCUCCAAAUAUGACCGGGAGGGUGAAUACGUGCGGCACUGGCUGCCUGAGCUAGCAAGAAUGCCAACUGAAUGGAUCCAUCAUCCUUGGGAUGCACCCAUUACUGUGCUUAAAGGUGCUGGGGUGGAAUUGGGACUAAACUAUCCAAAACCUAUAAUUGAUAUAGAUUUGGCUAGAGAGCAUCUAAAGGAAGCUAUAUUCAAGAUGUGGGAAAUGGAAGCAGCCGCAAGGGCUUCAAAUUCAAGUGGAACAAAUGAAGUUGUUGUUGAUAACACUGAUGAUACUGAAAAUUUGGCCAUUCCAAAGGUUGUCUUAAAGGAAAAGGCUCCUUGUCCUACUAAUUCAUCUAAUGAUCAGAGGGUACCAACAAAACAGAAUUCCGAGAAUAAUCCAGCUUAUAGGAAGAGAUCAAAGUACAUGGAAGAAGAAAGACCAGAACCAGAUAAAUUGCAUAAUGAUGAUAAUGUGGUGGAUACAUCAAGAAAGGAUGAAGAAUUGUGCUCUACUGCUGAAUCUUCAGCAGCCAAGAAGCAGGCCACCAGCAGAUGUUCCUUUUCUGUUCCCCAGUAUUGUUCCUCGUCAGAAAGCAAGCCGUUGCUGGAGUGCGAAUCUUCUGACCUCAAGCAGCCAUGGCAAGCACAAACUGAAAUGGAACAGAGUUCGAGCAAAGAUGGUAAGCAGUUGCACUUUCCUUUCAAGAUUUGA